AUGGUCGUUCAAAUUCCGGAUAAAGGCUCACAUUGCUCGGAAGUACGAAGUAAGGAAUCAGUCAGAGUUAUCUCGUUCAAGAACGCUACAUCGACGCAAGUUGUUUACGUUUUCACUCUCACCACAUAUGGACUCAGCCUGCGAUCUUGGGGAGUUGGAAGCUUGUGCAUGGUGGAUGAAAAUAAACCCAAAGAACGAUACGAGGAUGCAAAAUCUGGGAAGCCUGAUCCAAGUCUCUUAUCUCUGAGUGAUUGGAACUAUGAAAUUGGUAACGGCAUUUCUCAAAUUCAGGAUUCUUCCACGGUAGACCGAAUGAGUUGGCUGUACUACGACCCAUUUCUUCGAUUUCUUCAUACCAUAGGUUUGAAAAAUGCAGCGUUUUUGAAAACGCUUCAAUUUACUGGGGAAGUCAGGACGACUGCAAACCAAUUACCUGGAGGUCAAACUCCCUCCCUGCCGUCAGAUGACAUACGACUUAACUUACAAAUUUACGUCAAAUUUAUCAACCAAUUUUGUCCAAAUGUACAACAAAUCACCUUGAACAUUCAACCAGAAAAAGGUAGAGAUGAUAGUUUCGGAUUGGACCUAUCUCCACUCUUGGGAGAUCACAUCAGGAAGUUGAAGACCGUCAAGACUUUGAUAUUACGUACUGCUGACAGUAGUAAAUCUGAGAAGUACGUUCCCAAUUAA